ACUUACGUUUGCAAGUAAAAAACGUCUUUUAACAGUCCAAAGAAGCAUGCACUCCAAGGUUGUAAUUAUAGGCUCAGGUCCAGCGGGACAUACUGCAGCUCUUUAUUUGUCCCGAGCAACUCUUGAACCGGUUAUGUUUGAAGGAUUUAAUGCGAACGGCUUUGCCCCCGGCGGUCAACUUACUACGACUACCGAUGUAGAAAAUUAUCCCGGCUUUCCUGAGGGAAUUAUGGGUCCAGAAAUGAUGGAAAAGUUUCGCCAACAAAGUAUCAGAUUUGGAACAAAAAUUUAUACCGAAACUGUAUCAAAAGUUGAUCUUUCGGCGCGUCCAUUUAAAAUUUGGCGUGAAACUUUCGAAAAUAAAGAACCAGAUACUGCAGAUGCACUUAUUAUUGCAACUGGCGCAGCUGCAAAGAGGUUGAAUCUUCUUGGGGAAGAGAUAUACUGGCAAAAAGGAAUCUCGGCAUGUGCGGUUUGUGAUGGGGCUUUACCUAUUUUCCGUAACAAACCUCUGGCAGUAAUUGGUGGUGGAGAUUCUGCCGCUGAGGAGUCUAUGUUUCUUACAAAAUAUGGUUCACAUGUAUAUGUAUUAGUCCGUCGAGACCAACUUCGGGCAUCAAAAGUGAUGGCGAAUCGAAUGCUCUCAAAUCCAAAAAUUACAGUGCUCUGGAAUACUAUUCCUAUUGAAUGCAAGGGUGAUGGAAAUGUACUAAAUCUUGUGAUUACGAAGGACACUAAAACUGGUGAAAUAAAAGAGUUGCCAGUAAAUGGUAUGUUCUAUGCGAUUGGUCAUGCACCAGCUACUAAUUUGGUUAAAGGACAAUUGGAAUUAGAUGCAGACAGUUAUGUUAUUACUAAACCAGAUAGUACUUGUACGAAUGUAGAAGGUGUUUUCGCCGCGGGUGAUGUGAAAGACAAGAGAUACAGGCAGGCGAUCACAAGUGCAGGUUCCGGGUGCAUGGCCGCUUUAGAAUGUGAACGUUGGUUGAGCGAACAUUUCCCAGAAUAA